ACACCAUAAUCCUGGGUAUUAACUUUUAAAUAAUAUAGCAACAAUACUGGCAGUUCCCGCUGGCUCACCACAAAGGACAAUUAAUUUCCCAGAUUAUAUAUACUGUUGGUCAUAUGUUUUGUUAUAUAAUUGGCUUGGCCAGUCCAAAACCCAAACAAACCCGUCCCCGUAUCGGGCAUUGAUGUUGUGCAGUGUGAGUCCGGGAAAAUCCGGCCGUACUGAAUGGACUCGACUGGGUUUCAUUCAUGAGCACGUCGGGUGCCGUUUACGGCUCUACCUGCCUAAGCGUGGGAAAGUUGCUCACAGCAAGGCGGAUCCUCCACCUCCGCCGGCGCAGGACGAGAGCAGGUAGUCAACCAGGAAACUGGGCUGCUCCGCAAUUGCGUCGCGGGCUGCCAGUGGGUUUUUGUACCCGUCCAUCUCCGGGAGUUCCUACCCCCUGCCCAUGCAAAAUUUCCAAGUGGAAAACGGCAAAUUUCCGGUUUUUUGAGCAGGCCCGAAAUUCCCACGGGCCGGCCCCAGGAGGGCGCCCCGGCUUGGGAUUUGCAGGCUAUAUAAGUGUGCUGCCCCGGCUCAUCAUCAUUCAGUCGAUCUUACGACAUCGCAGAGAUAGCACCAUAACAAUAAUAUAAUCAGACAACAUGAUUUUUGCCAUCACAUUAUUCAUGGGUAUUACGAGCACUCUGGCAGCAGUUUUGGAGCCCAUGAGCUACUACCAGUACACCCAGUUCCAGGCUCCACUCUCCUGGGAGGAUAUAACCGGAAAGGGGCUGAAACAGGCCCUCGACAGCUGCCAGCAGAGUUUCCAGUGGCAGCGAUGGAACUGUCCGAACCAGGAUUUCGUGCAGAAGAAUUCCAAGCCAGAGGAAAACUCACCGAAUCGGGAGGAUGUCUAUGUGGCGGCCAUUUCCAUGGCAGCCAUAGUCCAUACUCUGACCAAGGACUGUGCCAAUGGAGUAAUCGCCGGAUGCGGAUGCACGGAAAAUGCUCUGAAUGUACCCUGUGCCCACGAACCCACCAAGGCACUGGAGCAGUACGAGAAGCAUUUCGGAUCGGGAUCAGGAGCCACCGGUCACAAUCGACGGGUGGUGGGAGCUCUACUAGAGAAAUCACUGGAACAGGAAUGCCGGUGCAAGCAACCAGGAGCUGUGCAGGGCGAAUGCCAGGAGGAGGAGUGUGUGGCGGUACUGAAGCCAUUCGAGGCCAUUGCCCAAGAUCUCCUCCAAAUGUACGACGAUGCCAUCCAACUAGAAGGAGCCAGUAGCAAUCUGAAGAUAAUGUGGCAGAACAUUCCCCUUGACUCCCUGGUCUUCAUGCAGGACUCGCCCAACUACUGCGAACGCGAUGCCACCGGAUUGUGGAAGGGAACUCGGGGUCGCCAAUGCUCCAAGGAUGGCAGUGGUUCUCUGGAGGAACGUCUCUCCUGCCAGCAGCUGUGCCGUGUGUGCGGAUACCGAGUGAGAUCCCAGCACGUGAGAACCGAGAGGAGGUGCAAUUGCAAACUGGUCUGGGGAUUCCGACUCCAGUGCGAUGUCUGCGUCCAGCUGGAAAGGCAGUACUCCUGCUACUAAAUGGAUGCUCCACCGGAAAUGGAAUCCAGGACUGGGGCGCUGGUCGAGCCCCACGAAAACUGUUUACCUACAUUUAAGUUAAUUUAUUUGAUUCCACAUCUAAUUUAUUGCCACAACAAAUGCUAUCAAUAAAUACGUUAUUUAACAUAUA